AUGAAUCCAUCAACUCGUUUAUUCUCCUUCCUCACAAUUUUGUCGAUUUUUAUUUCUCAUGCAACUUCACAAACAUCUAGCCCAAAACUAUACCAAAAUGUAUGUAAAGAUAUUGGAAAAGAUGAAGAACAACAUUGUUUGAAACUUUUAGAAUCCAACCCUGAAAUUGUUUCGGCGAAAGACUAUCUUACUCUUUGUAGAUUACACUUACAAAUGGCAAUAGAGAAAUCCUCAAAAGCUCAAGAAUCUCUCAAAAAUUUGAUGAACAAAUAUCCUUCAUCUCAAUCCGUCAAAGAAUGUGCAACCACAGAUUACGAUAAGUUGAUUAACUCUUUUAAGAAUUCACUUGCAUUGUUGGUUAAAGAUCCAAAUACUGCAAAAUAUAAUGCCAAUAUUGCUCGCAAUGGACCACUUGCAUGUGAAUUACGUGUCAUGGUUAAUGAGAAGAAUAUAGAUAUUAUUUCUUCUAUUUCUAGAUCGAAUAAUGAGACCAUUUUUCUUAGUGUUGUUGCAAAGCUAGCCAUAAAUCAUCUUACAUGA